AUGAAUGAGACUGAGUGUGAUCAGAAAGUGAAAUAUGUUGACAUGAGUGAGGAAGAAGAAUUACGUGAUUGGGGAUCACCAAUUUCGACGGAGAAAAAUAUAGAAAAACAGGAGCACUUUUUUGUAGAGGUAGUAAACAAUUGUCAGGAUAGUGGUAAGGAGAAAGAGAAUUUAAGUACAGACAGACCAUCAAAGCGAACGAGAGAGGAAGAUGAUAUAGGAUGGACAAAGGUGGAAAAAAAAAUUAAGAAACAGGGACAAAUUAAGAUUGAAGUUAUAAUUUCGAGUAAAGAAAAACUGCCAAAACAGUUUGCGAUUGCUAAGUUAUUUACAGCUCUUAACUUUAUCGACAUAAUUAAGAUCAAAUAUAUUAACCCAUAUAGAAUUAAGAUGGAAGUUCCUAACGAGGAUUAUGCGACUAAAGUUAUUAAUUGUUCGGAAUUUGAAAAAAGAGGAUGGAGAGUACAUCGGGAGAUGGAUGUAAACGUAUCGCAUGGAAUUAUAAAACAUGUGGAUCUUGAGUUGACUGAGGACCAGGCUCUAGAAGCAAUUAAGUGCCCUAAUAAUGUGCAGGUUUUAUCUUUAAAACGGUUGAAACGAAGAAACGAGGCUGGUGAAUGGAUACCGAGUGAAGUGGCGCGUAUUGACUUUUUAAUGCUCUUACUUGCCAGCAUAUAUUUACAUUGA